AUGUUGGACAAGGCAUGGGUGCAUUUAUGCAGGGUUGAUUUUGCAUAUGAGAGUGGUGCUCGAUGUUUUGUUGAAGUUGUUAGUGCCAAAUUAGCAGUUAAUGGAAAGAUAAUUUGUUCGUGCACCGGAUGCCGCAAUUUAGAGCGCCAUACAUGCAACGAGGUUGUGUCUCAUUUAGUUAUACAUGGAAUGGAUGAGGCUUACAAGAUAUGUACUGAUUGGUUUCACCAUGGAGAUUAUGUUGGUUUAGUAGAAGGUCAAGAUAGAGUGUGGAAUGCUGAGAUUCUGGGUUUAUACGAAGAUGCUAAAUGGUCUGAUGAAGAUUUACCUUGUAAGGGUUCAAAUUUAUGUGAGGCUGCUGAGGGUGAGGAUAGGAAAGAAGAUGAGUUUUUAGUAAAACUUGCAGAAGCUGAAAUGCCAUUGUAUCCAACGUGUGUGAAUCAUAGCAAGCUAUCAGCUACAGUGACACUAUUUCGGAUUAAAACUCAGAAUGGCUGGUCAGACAAGAGCUUCGAUGAUUUACUGGAAACAUUAUCAAAAAUGUUACCUAAAGACAAUGUACUGCACACAUCAACCUAUGACGUCAAGAAGUUUCUGAAAUCUUUUGAUAUGGGAUAUCAAAAGAUUCAUGCUUGUGUGAACGACUGCUGCUUAUUCAGAAAGAAGCUGAAGAAGGUUGAUACUUGUCCAAAAUGCAAGUCUUCAAGAUGGAAGACCAACAUGCACACUGGGGAAGUCAAGAAGGGUGUUCCACAUAAGGUUUUGAGGUACUUUCCAAUAAUCUCUCGUCUGAAAAGGAUGUUCAGAUCGGAGAAAGUGGAUGUGGAUUUGAGAUGGCAUUUCAAUAACAAGAGCACUGACGGGAAAUUGCGCCAUCCAGUAGACUCAGUAACAUGGAAGUCAAUGAAUGACAAGUAUCCUUCUUUCAUAGCUGAGCAGAGGAACUUGCGACUUGGGCUCUCUACUGAUGGGUUUAACCCCUUCAACAUGAAGAACAGCUGA